AUGGUUAAAAAAAUGGAAAUUACACAGCACUCUAAGUACACAUGUGUUUUCUGUGGAAAGGUAAGUCUUGAAGAUUUUUUUGUUAAGGCUGUCACUUAACAGAAAAAAAGGGAAAGUGCUGUUGGAAGAACACUGAAAAAGAAAACAACUUUCAAAAUAGCCAGCAUGAGAUGUCUCCUCUACUCGAAAUAAAUCAAUAUUUAUUGCUUUCUGAACCGUUCUUCCAGCAUCUUGCGUCUUAUCAUAAAUAAAACAGCGAAAUGAAAUAAUCAUUAAGUUUUGUACAGCUUAACUAACACCCUGUCAUCGUUGAACCAACCCCUAAAAAAAACUGGAUAGGCAGAUAUGUGGUCACUAUGUAUUGGUGUAUGCUUAUUUUGCAACCACAUGAUAAGGUAGCUGUGUUGAGCAACAAUGAACACAAAUUUUUGUAACAAAAUUUGUAUGAAGAAAGAGUUUAGAUCCCAGCAGAGGGAAGUGUUUCGCUCUUGUCAGCCAACAUUGCCACCUUGAUAUCAGCUACAAACUAGCCAUCUGCAUAUCCACUUUAUAUUGUAUAUCAACAGAACUGCUUAUCUACUUUCUAAAUAACCUUUAAAUAGAAUUCCUUGCCUUUCUGUAUAUCUACUUUAGAUAUACACCUAGAACAGCAUUUAACAGCAUUGUCCUUAGGCCUAUUUUGCAUACGUCAGGAAGAUCUGGCGUGAUUAGUAUUUUCACUGUUUCCACGAUCAUCCCAGAUGUACCGAUAUGUCAGAGAAAUCCCAGAGUCUGUCCCUUAUGCCAUUUCGAUUUAUGAGAGAAAAGGCCAGAGCUUAUUGCUUAGCUCUGGCCUUUUUCUCUCAUAAAUCGAAAUGGCAUAAGGGACAGACUGAAGGGUUGGGACCAAGCAAGAAUAACCACCCUUGACCCCUGACAUCCCUGACAGCACAAAUUUGAAGUUUUGGUAUCAUUGUCAGGAGUGAUCGUUUGACAUUGCUGAAAUCUGGGAUGCAUCUGGAAAAUAGAAAUGCUCCCGUUUCUUCAGUUAAUUGGGAAACAUUAUUUGUCACAAUCCACCCCAGAUGAAGUGGAAUAUAUCUACAAUUUCUUGUUUUCGUUAGAUCAGCAACAUCUGUUAUUAUUGAGGAACGGUGAAAUCUCCUAUCUUCUGGAAUACUCCCAACAUAUGAAAAGUGUCAGGCUUAAAAGCUGUUGAAGUUUAUAGAAAAGUUUAUAAAAGGAAUGACUAGGCAUUCACAUAUCCAGCUCUUUCCAGUGUCAGGGUACUGUACAUGCAUUGUGCGGUCCAUUAUUUCUGGAAGCGAAGAAACCAGUCCAGAGAUUCAUCAAAAGUUUGCAGUAUAGUGGAACUCCGUUAAUGCAACCACCAUUGGGCCAUACAAUCCUGGUCAUAAUAUCAAGAAGCUCGCACUAACAGGGUCUUCAAAAUAAUAAAAAAAUGACUCAGUUUUUUUUUGCGUUUGGGUCAAAAGAGUAUGGUUGUAAUAACCAGGUGGUCGUAUAAACAGGGUUGUCAUAAGGCGGGGUUACACUGUAGUUGUGUUCCUACCAAUCAUAGCAGGUCACGUGGGCUUUUAAUAUGACACUUCCCUGAACUGAGGCAAAAAUCAGAAACUAAGUUUGCCUUAAUUGAAGGUAAUAGUAAAUACUUUAGUUUACUGGUUUAUGCUAAUGUUUUAUCUUUAAAAGGUUACAAGCUCGGCUUGUAGGCAACUUAAAUAUAUUCUGGAAACUCACUACCCCAAAGGGUCAUUAUUUUGGUUUUUGACCAAAUACAAGAGAAUUAAUGCUCACUAAAUUGCUUUCCAGGAAGCACUAAAAAGGAAAUGUGUUGGUAUUUGGUAUUGCAAAGGAUGCGGAAAGACUAUCGCUGGAGGAGCAUGGGUUGUCAGGUACAGCAUGGGAUGUUCAUUGUACAUGUGUAUCUGCAUUAAUCUUACUUUACCAGUGCUUUCAGAAUACCCUGCUUCAAAAUACCGUUAUGUAAAGCUUUCAAAACUAAAGAUAUAUCCGUCUUUGCUGUAAUUUUCAGUUCAGAGUUAAUUUGAUCAUCUUCAAGAGCAGUUAGUUAGCUCUGGCAUUGACUUCAAAACUGGUUGAAGCUACUGUUGCUUGCAAAAAAUUUAUCACAAUAUUAAUAUUUGGCAACAAAAUGAGAAAUCUGCAAUGAGCAGGUAACUGCAUUCUCUCAACCUGCCAAUAAUUCAAACCACCUCCAAGCUGAAUUUUCUUCCCUAGGAUAACACUGUAAUUCUGCUGCCAAUCUUUCAGUCCUCUCGAUUAUUGAACCAUUCACCAUUUCUCCAAGGAUGUUUUACAAAUUUGGAUUUCCCUUUAUUAAUAAUGACUUGUUUGCUUUCCUUUCCUUUUAGCACCACAGCUGCUGUAACAGUCAGAAGUGCAGUACGACGUCUGAGGGAGAUGCAGGAGACAUAGAUAACUUUCUUGUACAGUCCAACAAUAAACAAGUUUCCUCUUUACUUUUUGUUUGUGUUUUCUUGUUCAAGAAGUUAAACAGUAUGUUUUACCAAAUUAUUUUGACAGUUGUGCAACUAUUUUUGCAGAUUAUCUUGAUAAAGAGCUUUUGUAGCCUGCAUUCAAAAGGG